AUGGCCCUUCAACAACACACACGUUCUCAUAGCUUUCCUAGUGGAUCAUCAUCACAACAAGAUGCCAUGAUUCAAGUUGAUGAGAGCUUGCUUUGUGGAUCAACUCCUUCAUCCUCAUCCUCUGCAAAAAACAGAGUAAACAGCCUUCAAAAACUACACGAGAGCAUCAACGGCUUGCUUCUGCUGCCUCACAUUCAACGAGCCAUCGCCCGCGAAUGCCCACGUCUCGAUGAGAUCACGGAAGGGUACGUCGUGGCGCUGGACGCCUGCGCGGCCGCCGGAGACGUCGUCUCAGCCGCGAAGAGGGACGCGCAGGAGCUCCUCUCCGGCGUGAGGAGGAGGCACGCGGAGGCCGCCGCCUCCAGCUACCUGGCGUCGAGAAGGGAGCUGAGGAAAGUGGCUCGGACUCAGAAGUGGUUGAAGAAGAUCGGAAAGAGACAGAGUUUGGGAAAGGGAUGCGAAAUCGAGCAGCUGAUGAUGGAUGCCAAAUCGGCGACGCUAGCAACGCUCAGCUGCGUCUUCUCCUACGUCGUCUCGUCGGAGAGGAAGCUCGUGGGCUCGAAGAGAGCAGAGCAAACGGAGUUUACGAAGGUGGAUGCUGCUUUGAUCGCAUUCAUGAACAAUGGAGAUGGUGAUAUGAUCAGAGAUGAUCAUCUCUUGAGAGUUAUGGAAUCCAGCAUUAGGGUUGUGGAAGAAGGGCUUGAAUGCUUGUUCAGACAGCUGAUCAAAACCAGAGUUCUCCUCCUUAAUGUUCUUAGUCACUAAAAUUGAUCCAAUUCUUUUGAUUGUGUAAGAAAAUUUAUUGAUAUAUGUUAGUUGUCAUAUAGAAAGAAGCACAAAUAUUUUGCUACAAACUUUUACUUUUCGCGAAACUGAGAAUUGUUGAACAGAUCAGUGAUUUUGAUGAACAAACAUUCUGGUUUGGAGGUUCGGAUUCUGGAGGGACGAGAUUUUCAACAUAUCGUCUGUUCAUCAAAAUUAUUGAUAUGUUCAACGUUUCACAAUUUCGCAAAGUAUUUAAUUUUUCAAUGAAACCUUUCUUUUCCGUUUUCUUUGGUUGCAAAUGAGGGGUAAGAAAAGAUGGAAAAAAAAAUUAACAUAUUUUAGUGGUCUAUAAUUUUUUUCUCAUGUUCCGUGGGAAGGAAAAAACUAUUAUCACGUCGAUACGUCAUGAUAAUAUUAUCAUAAAUUCAAGUGAAAGUCAGGGCGUUUGAAAAAAACAUAUGAAAAGAAUAAAACAAAAUGAUGAAAAUACAUAUUUUUCCACCAUUCUCCGUCAAAGGAUAUCACUACCAGAAAAUGCUCAAUUAACGACCGAAAAUAACGGUCGACAAUAUGAUCGCGUAUACAUAUACGACCGAUUAACGACCGGUUUUUAUUUAACAGAGUGGCAUGAAAGUAGUGUCGAGUGGCCAGAGAGUGUCUUGGUUCCAAUCCAUGUUCAAGGCCGUGGUGCAGCUCCACCCUUGGCCGCCGCCGGAAAACUUCACAUCCUCGAAAUCGGAAAACGACAUGGAAUAUUCCGACGACGGAGUCGGAGAAAUGUAGGCCAUCAUCUCCUCUUCCAUGGCAGCCCUCUGCUCCAGCACCUUCAAC